AUGGGUCGGUGUGUGCUGUGUAUAUAUUUUCCCGAUCUCUCCGUUCAUCUUUCACAGGAGCCACCACGUCAUGAACAUUCCCCACAUGACGAGGAGCAGUAUCUGGAUCAGAUCCGGCAUAUCCUCCACAGGGGGCACCGCAAGGAGGACCGGACCGGCACCGGGACAAUCUCCGUGUUCGGCUUGCAAGCUAGAUACAGCCUGAGAGAUCAGUUUCCUUUGCUUACAACAAAGCGGGUAUUCUGGAAAGGAGUGCUUGAAGAGCUUCUGUGGUUCGUUAAGGGUUCCACAAAUGCAAAAGAGCUUUCUGAAAAAGGGGUGAAAAUCUGGGAUGCAAAUGGUUCCAAGGAAGGGGACCUUGGACCUGUAUAUGGUUUUCAGUGGAGGCAUUUUGGUGAUUACACAGGACAGGGAGUUGACCAGUUGCAAAGAGUCAUUGAAACAAUUAAGAACAAUCCAGAUGACAGGAGGAUCAUAAUGUGCAGCUGGAAUCCGAAAGAUCUCCCUCUGAUGGCACUUCCCCCGUGUCAUGCUCUUUGCCAGUUCUAUGUCAUCAACAAUGAGCUGUCGUGUCAGUUAUACCAGCGAUCUGGCGAUAUGGGUCUAGGUGUGCCAUUCAACAUUGCCAGUUAUGCUUUAUUGACCUAUAUGAUAGCCCAUGUUACAGGACUGAAGCCUGGUGACUUUAUCCAUACACUGGGAGAUGCUCACAUAUACCUCAAUCAUGUUGAACCAUUAAAAACUCAACUUCAAAGAAAACCUAGACCAUUUCCUAAGCUGAAGAUCCUACGCCAGGUGAAAAUAAUCAAUGACUUCAAAGCAGAAGAUUUCAAUAUUGAAGGUUAUGACCCUCACCCUACUAUCAAAAUGGAAAUGGCUGUGUAA